UACUGUUAAAGAUAAUAAUAACCUUAAAACAUUAAAUAUAUAUCAUUAAUCUAUCCAAGUGAUUUAUGUUUGCGCAGAGUUUAAUUUCCAUCAGGCGUUGUGUAGAAACAGCCCGUGGGGUCCUGUCAGUGUAAAUGUCAUUCAGAGCUGCUGUUACUCAACUCAUGGAUAUCAGAUCAUAAGAUCAGACUGCCUGCAGUGAGUUCUGGUCGCUCACAGGGCUUCUCAGGACUUCGGUCAUGGCAGGGUUGCUGUCCGCGGCUGCUGCGGUCUCUGUGCGCUACGGAUCCAGAGCUUUACUGCGCUUCAACACACGAGCUGCCGCUGCUCGCGCCCGGUUUUUAGCCCUGAAUCAUGUUAAACCAGUUGCCUCCAUAGGAAAUACCUACUCGUUGCCACUCUUAUCCUGUUCCACUGAAGCACCAAAAGAUGGCAAACCAACUGGACCAGAACAUCGGUCCGGAGGAGGAGGAGGAAGUGGAAGAAAAGGAGGGAGGAAAGACCGGAAGAGUCGAUUACUACAGGGAGAUGUUCCGUGGGACGAUAAAGACUUUCUGUAUAUUUUGAUCACAGCGGGAGGCGUAGCAUCAGUUCUGCUGUACCUGUACCUCAGAGAUCCAGGGAGAGAGAUCACAUGGAAGGAUUUUGUCCAUCGCUACCUGGGCAGAGGGCUGGUCGACCGUUUAGAGGUUGUGAACAAACAGUUUGUCAGGGUCAUUCUGAUACCUGAGGCUGACAACUCUGAAGGAAGCUAUGUGUGGUUUAAUAUUGGCAGUGUGGACGCAUUUGAGAGGAAUCUGGAAGCUGCACAUUAUGAGCUGGGUUUAGAACCAUCCCAUAGAGCAGCAGUGGUGUACUCCUCAGAGAGUGAUGGGUCUUUUCUAAUGAGCUUCAUUCCAACCCUGCUGCUCAUUGGCUUCUUACUUUUCACCCUGCGGCGUGGACCGAUGGGUGGAGGAAGAGGUGGGCCCUUCAGCAUGAGCGAAUCAACCGCCAAGAUGAUGAAGAACAGUAUAGAAGUUAAGUUUAAAGACGUGGCUGGAUGUGAAGAGGCCAAAAUGGAGAUCUUGGAGUUUGUAAAUUUCCUCAAGAACCCACAACAAUACCAGGACUAGGGUGCAAAGAUCCCUAAGGGUGCUGUGUUGUCCGGUCCUCCGGGUACAGGAAAGACGCUGCUCGCUAAAGCUACAGCUGGAGAGGCUAACGUUCCUUUCAUCACAGUCAACGGCUCAGAGUUUCUUGAGAUGUUUGUUGGUGUUGGUCCAGCCAGGGUGAGGGACAUGUUCGCCAUGGCAAGGAAGAACGCGCCCUGCAUCCUCUUUAUCGAUGAAAUAGAUGCUGUGGGAAGGAAGAGGGGCGGUGGGAAUUUUGGUGGUCAGAGUGAACAGGAAAACACCCUCAAUCAGUUAUUGGUGGAGAUGGACGCUAAGAUGUCAAAAGGUCAUGAAGGUUUCAAUACUAGUACAAAUGUUGUAGUCCUAGCUGGUACUAACAGGCCUGACAUACAUGAUCCUGCAUUGAUGCGGCUAGGAAGAUUCGACAGGCAGAUAUACAUAGGGCCUCCUGAUAUUAAGGGUCGAGCAUCCAUAUUUAAAGUGCACCUUCGGCCCCUCAAACUGGACCCCAGUCUGGACCCUGAUGGAAUUGCAAGAAAGAUGGCCGCUGCUACACCGGGAUUCACUGGUGCUGAUAUUGCAAAUGUGUGUAAUGAAGCUGCUCUCAUUGCUGCCAGACAUCUGAAUGAAUUCAUCAACAUGAAGCACUUAGAGCAGGCCAUCGACAGAGUUAUUGGAGGGCUGGAGAAAAAGACACAGGUCUUACAACCCACUGAGAAGAAGACAGUAGCGUAUCAUGAGGCAGGACAUGCUGUGGUGGGCUGGUUUCUCCAACAUGCUGACCCACUGCUCAAGGUGUCUAUAAUUCCAAGAGGGAAGGGUUUGGGUUAUGCACAGUACCUUCCCAGAGAGCAGUAUUUAUACACGCGUGAGCAGCUGUUUGACAGGAUGUGUAUGAUGCUGGGUGGACGGGUAGCAGAGAAGGUGUUUUUCAGCAGAAUCACCACCGGAGCUCAUGACGACCUUAAGAAGGUCACACAGUCAGCAUAUGCUCAGAUUGUGCAGUUUGGCAUGAGUGAGAAAGUGGGGCAGGUAUCAUUUGACCUCCCCCGGCAGGGUGAUACGGUUCUGGAGAAGCCCUACAGUGAGGCCACAGCAGAACUCAUCGAUGAAGAAGUCAGAGAGCUGGUCGACCAGGCCUACAAGAGAACUCUGGUUCUCGUCACUGAGAAACGAGAGCAGGUGGAGAUGGUUGGUAAGCGUCUACUGGAAAAAGAAAUUCUGGACAAAGCGGAUAUGAUUGAAUUGCUUGGACCCAGGCCAUUCGAGGAGAAGUCCACAUAUGAGGAGUUUGUGGAGGGCACGGGCAGCUUUGAAGAGGACACAACUCUUCCAGAAGGGUUAAAGGACUGGAACCAACAGCGAGGAGAAAACUACGAGGAGACACCAGCAUCACAGGAGAAACAGGCUGCUUGAACUUAACACAACCAUUGAAAAACUCUCAACCUGCCUCUGACACUUGCCUUACAUUGGUUCCUUAGAGGGGGGGAGGUUUGUUAUCUUGGCUUGAAAUGAGAGGAAGAACUUAACUCUUUUUGCCAUUUGCAUUUCACUUUCCAUGUUAACCCAAAGCAGGGACUUCUACUGAAUUUGAAAUGCCUUAACUGCACCCAGCACUGAUGUCUGUACACCAAACUCCUAUUUGGGGACAUCAACAACCGACAAUUUGUUUUUGUUUUUUAUGGUUCCUUUUUUAAUAUUACAUUAUUAAAUUAAACUGUAUUUUUCUGAUCUUAUCUUCCUGUAUGUAGGAGUGGUAGAUAAAAAUAAAAUAAAAAUCUGUAUAUAUGUACAAUUUUCCUUUGUGCGUUCAAGUUUUG